UUUCAAUCCACGUCUUAUUUUUUACCAGUUCUGACUUGGAGCAGGAGUGGGAAAUAAAUUUUAUACGGUUUUUAAAAUCACUUUGCAAUUUAUGAAUCUAGCCUACACAGUAUGGGCAAAAUGAAAUAUAUAAAAAAAAUCAACUGUGUAUCUUCAUCUACAUCUUUAUAUCUUUAUUUAUAUAAUCAGAUCCAUAUAUCUGUAUCUAUCGCUCCCCUUUCCCAGCAAGUGUCUACAUCUGGUAUCCCUAUUUCUUCCCGGAAGUGGGGACAAAGUGGAAGACCUAGAAUGGGACAAAAGCUGGAGUCACAGGUGUCGCAGCUCUAAGAUCUCCGGAGUGAACAGGCCCAGAGAGUGUUAGGAGAAACGAGAGCAGCCUAAAAAGCAGGCAAGCGCAAGCCCCUGGGCAGUUUCACUUCCUCAGGGCGCCUUCGCAAGGCCUCGUGGUGACCCUGUGGCCUGAGCCCACGGGCUGCGUUUCCGGGCCCUGCGGCCAGACCCGCCCGUGGUGGGCUGACGAAGGGGGGCGUCUAGAGACGAUCUCGCCGGGAAUCUCGGGCAGCAGAGUCCUGUCCGCAGGCUGCCUGGCUUCAGCCGCCGCGAUGCUGCCUGCAGCGUCGGGCCGGGCGGGCGGGAGCCGGGAGCGGGCCCCCGGCAGCCCAGCGCCCCCAGAAAAUACAAAAGACAUCCUACUGAUACAUGGAGAAGAUGCUGAGGAAUGGGCUCUGUACUUGAGGGAAGUUUUUUUACAUGUUGUGAAAAGGGAAGCGGUCCUGUUAUAUCGCUUGGAGAAUUACUCUUUUUGGGAUUUGGAAUUGCUGAGUUUAAACUCUUACAAAUGUAAACUUUUGAUCUUAUCAAAUAGCCUCCUUAAAGACCUAACUCCAAAGAAAUGUCAGUUUCUCGAAAAGAUACUUCAUUCACCAGAAAGUGUGGUUACUCUGCUGUGUGGGGUGAAGAGUUCAGAUCAGCUCUACAAAUUAUUAAAUAUCGUCAGAGGCAGAUGGGAGAUGUCUACCGAGCAGGAGCCCGAAGAUUACAUCGCUGUAAUCGAGAGUAUCAUAUUCAGAGGUUCUGAUGACUACCUUGAGGUCAAUAUUCCAACAGACCUAAAAGUGGAACAUUCUGGGGAAAUAAGUAAGAGACAGGAAAUUGAAGAAUUAUCAAAAGCUUCAAGAGAUACCAUACCACAGGCAAUUGUGCUUCCUGCUGAAAUUCCAUGUGAGAAUCCUGGUGAAAUAUUUAUUAUUUUGAGAGAUGAAGUCAUUGGUGAUACUGUGGAGGUUGAAUUUACAUCAAAUAGCAAAUGUGUUAGAACACAGCCAACCCGUUGGAAUAAGACAGUCUGGUGUAUGGAAGCUUUAGAUUUUCCUGCUGGGUCUGUCAAUGUCCAUGUCUACUGUGAUGGAGUCAUUAAGGCCACAACAGAGAUUAAGUACUCUACAAGUGCAAAGGCUGUGGAAUACCUAUUGGGAGUGGCAAGUCCAGGAGAUGGUGUGCGCCAGAAAGACAUUGACGAACUUGAUGAUAUUCUCACAUCCGUAUUCAAGCAUGAAAUACCAUAUUAUGAAUUUCAAUUGUUCCAACCUAACAUCAACCCUCAAAAAGAAUAUACUCAUCUCAAGGAACUUCCAACCCUUCUCCACUGUGCAGCAAAAUUUGGUUUAAAGAACUUAGCUAUCCAUUUGCUUCAAUGUUCAGGAGCAACCUGGGCAUCUAAGGUGAAAAAUUUGGAGGGUUCAGAUCCAGCACAUAUCGCUGAAAGGCAUGGUCACAAAGAACUCAAGAAAAUCUUUGAAGACUUCUCAAUCCCAGAAGUUAGCAGAAAUGAUCAAGAAAAUGACUAUGAAGAUGAUUUUACUUCAUUAUUUGCAUAUUCUUCUACCAUACAGAACCCAGCAUUUCAUCCUGAAGGUGGACAGACAUACAGGCAGUGGGCAGAAAGAGCUGAGGCAGAUGAACUGGCAAAGGAAGAUAAAGAGGGUGAAUCGAGCACAGAGGCCGAGCACAGCCUAGCAGAGGUUGGGGUUGGCACUUCUGCGAACCAGUAUGAUGAUGACUUCUAUGUGUUCGUUCCUGGAGACAAUCCAGAACAUACUUCACGAGAGCCACUCGUCAGCAACAGACCACCUCCCCCCCCUCCACGACCUGUAGCUGCUGCCUUCCCACUGGAAAAACCUCACUGCACAUUGCAGGCAGGGAAAAUGGUGGAAGGCCAAAUGGAAAGAAGUCAAAACUGGUGUGAUCUCGGAGCAAGACAGGAAACAGGAGGUGAGACCAAAGAAGAAAGGAGAGAAAAUGAAGAGGAGAAAGAGGAAGACCCAUAUACAUUUGCUGAGAUUGAAGACAGUGAUUAUGACAUGAUAUUGGCCAAUAUGAGUACAAAGAAAAAAAAUGGGAGUUGGUCUUUUAUCAUAAACAGACCUCCUGCCCCUACACCUCGACCCACAAAUAUCCCUCCAAAAGAGGAAACCACACCUUACAUAGCUCAAGUGUUUCAACAAAAGACAGCCAGAAGACAAUCUGAUGGCGACAGGUUCCACGGUCCUAAGAGACAAGACAGAGCUCGGCUGGAGAGUCAGGCCUUUUCCACUGUGAACUGCCUUGCUGCUGGGCAGGAAGAGCUCAUCCUUCUUCAAGAGAAAGUCAAGAAUGGGAAACUAUCUGUGGAUGAAGCCCUAGAGAAAUUUAAACAUUGGCAGAUGGGAAAGACUGAACUGGAAAUGAUUCAGCAGGAAAAACUACGCCAGCUACGAGAUUGCAUCAUUGGGAAAAGGCCAGAAGAAGAAAAUGUCUCUGAUAAACUCACCAUUGUGCACCAUCCAAAUGGUAACGAAAGUGCCCGCAAUGAAAAUAUGUUAUAUAACACACCCUUCCGCAAUAAGCUUCCUACUCGACUCCAAGCUGAAAAGGAAUUUGGUUUCUGUUGCAGGAAAGAUUACUAAAGAAGUAAGAACACUUAACAUGAGAAGCAAAAAUAGCAUUCAAGAUAAAGAACAUACCUCAUGCAAAAACCCCAAGAUCAGAAUGAACCGCACAUUUUCUGAAAAUGGAAAUAUCACUUCUAUGUUCUGAAUUGUGUCCCCCCAAAAAUUCAUGUCGACAUCUUAAUCCCCAGUACUUCAGAAUGUGACCACAUUUGAAGAUAUUGUCUUUGUAGAAGUAUUUAUAUUAAAAUGAGGUCCUAAACCAAUAUGACUAGUGUUCUUUUAAGAAGAAAUUCAGACACAGACAUGUACAGAUGAAAAAUGAUGUGAAGACGUGGGGAGAUGAUGACCAUCUAACAAGCCAAGGAGAGAGGCCUGGAACAGAUCUUUUCCUGAAGGCAUUCGGAAGAAACCAACCUUGCUGGGCAACUUAAUCUCCAAUUUGUAGCCUCCAGAACUGUGAGAAAAUACACUUCUAUCAUUUAAGCCAUCCAAUCUGUACACUUUGUUAUGGAAGCCCUGGCAAAUUAAUAGAGUCAGUGUGGUCAGGGUGUAGUGGAUAAGGGUGAGAGAAUGAGAUGAGUUUGUAGAGGUAAGUAGAAGAAACAUCAUGAAAGAAGUUUGAAUUUUAUUCUAAGUACACUGAGAAGCCAUUCAAAUGUUUUAAGCAGAAAAAUUCACUCUGCAAAACAGACAAUGGGUUGCAGAGAGGCAAGAGUAUUGACCAGGCAGGGGGGUUGUGAGGGAUUCACAAGAUGAUGGUGGCUUGGACUAGAGCGAUAACUGAGGUGAGAGAGGAGGCAGAUUUUAGACAUAUUUUGGUGAUAGAGUCAACAACUCUUGCAGAUGGGUUUGAUGUAGGGGUAAGAUAAAAGAAUAUGGGGAAUGCCUGAAUUUUUGGCUUGAACAAUUUGGUAGAGGAAAGUAUUUGCCACGAUGGAGAAGACAGAAGGAUAGAUUUGAUGGGUUGUAUGACAUUGGACAAGGUAAUUAACCUAAUUCUGAGUUUCUCAUGGGUAAUAUGGAGCAAAGAGUACAUGCUGUUUCAUUGGGUAGUUGUGAAAAUUAAAAAAUUAUGCUUAUGGAACACCUAAAACUUAGUAAAUACUCGAUAAACAUUGAAUUAGCAGCACUAGCAGCAUCCUUAGUCAGUUAUCUUGAAAUGCAACAAGCAAUUAGGUAAAAUUGGAUUCCGUGUCACCAAGGACAUUAUAAUCGAGGUGGUAAUAUAUACAGAAGAUAAUAUUUUAUUUAAAAAUAAAUUUCAGAUUAUAUGCCUAAAGCCCUUUAAUCCAUGGGGACCUGUGUCAUAUUCUGACGAAGUUAAACUUUAGACACUUGCAAAGUUGCCUGUGAAUGUAGAAUAGUUUGAAGAAGGUUUUUGUUACCUUCCUAAAAAACUAAAGGAGGCUAUCAUGAAUCUUCAAAAUAGACUAAGUGUGCUAGAUGUGGACUUAGCAUCCCUUUUCAUCCCCUUCUAUGAAUACCCCUAUAUUAAGGGAGCUGGAAGGCAAACCACGCAUUUAUCAGGCUCCCCAGCAAGAAGGGGCUACGUGUGAUAUACAUUCCACCAAUGAGAUGAUGUCUUGCGAGAUCUGGAAGAUGGAGGUGAGAGAGAGUGCUCCUCCUCCUGCUAUGGAGGCUGGCCGGUAGAGUAGAUUCAUGUUGGUGUCUGUGGCCAGGAGGAUCCUCAUCUGAGGCUCUGGUCACCAGCUCCGGGAGCCUGAGGCAAGUAUAGUGGCAUCAGUGAUGGUAAUGGGCACAAGCUGCUUCCUGACCACCAGAUUUUAGCUACAGUCAUGUUAACCAGAACCAACUUCUCUUAGCUCUCUGAAAGAUCUUAUAAACUCUUAAUUCCCUGUAUUAAAUUUCUUUUUGACUGAACCAUCUAGAAUGGUUCCUGACUGGAACCAUUAUGCAUCUCUGACUGGUACAUUGAGUCUUAUCAAGAAUCUACUUUAACUCAGUUUUUUUCUAAUAAGAAGUUUAUCUGAUAACGUCUUUCUUAACCAAAAUAUUUUAAUCUAUUUACCUAGCUGCUCAAUUCUAAUUUCAAACACCCAGUUCACAUUUCAGGUGCUUAUUUGAUGUUUUUAAAUGAAUAAAUGUUAUCAGGUCACCUUCUGGGUUACCCGAUUCAUAAAAUAAUAACAUUCUUCCUGGCAAAAGUCCAACUUUCCAGCCAAUCUAAUAUAAGAUUCAUCAAAUUCCUCAAAGAUCUAUAAUCAAUAUAAAAUCCUUUUGAGCUUUAUAUGAUCUAUGCAUAGACAUAAUAACACAGCAUUAUUUUAGGUAACUUAAAUGUCAGUAUUACCACAGGUGCAACCAAAGCUUUAUUCAUGUCAUACCUACUUAGAGAAUUGAGAUUCUCUUUAAGUUGUUCUUCAACAAUAUUUAGUUAAAUAAAAUGACCCUCAUUAAACUCAUUUUUCAUCAAAAUCUAAAAAUACCAAAUUACAAAUUCGCGAAGACUUUCACUUACAUCUAUAAUCAAGGCACCAGCAUUAAAUUAUUCAUUAAUUCUUCUUUUGUUAGUUCUCUUCUUCAAAUAAAAAUUUUAAAUUAUGUUGAAUAUGAUUAUUUCCUCUUUAAAUAUGUUCCACCCUCAUUGUUAAUAAUCUUAUAAUCUGACUUAACCAUACUUUAAAGGUCCAGAUUGCAGAAAAACAAACUUUAGAACACUGGGACCAUGUGAAACAUUUAUCAGAUCUGUAGCUUUCUCAGUUUUGAAAUAUAAUGGAUACACAGAAGGAAACAAAUGGGAGCAGCUGAUGAAUUGAAUACUACUGAUGGGCGACCCAGUUAGUUUGCAUACCAGUAUCAUUUGCUCAGAUCUAUUUCCUUCCUAGAUUGUGAGGCUGAGCAGAAUAAAGCACCAGCCUGACACCAGCCCUUAGGACAGAGUCUUGUCUAUUGGAUGUGGUGGCCCCCGGAGGAAGCUCAAGACAGCCUUCUGACCUAUUCUGUUCAUCUUGGAAUUCGACACUAAAGUUUUCUCAAGACCAAGGGCCAUUAUAGGUUUGCUGAAGAAACAAUAGACAGCUGAGAAUAAGCUCUUCUUGAAAUGAUGCUAGUUACCUGGCAGUGGCUGAGCACCAUGGCUUGAUGUCCCCUGAGGAAAGGGCGUGGGUUACCCCCCGAGGAAAGGGUUACAAGAAAAGUAGACACGAAUCAUUUGGUACAACAUUUUUACAUCUUUGCUUUCCACAGACAGGGGAAGGAUUAUAUUGGGCCGUGUGUUCAGCAUCCUUUAUUAGAAAUACACUGAACUUUCACCUUUAAAAUGUGUCCAUUCUUCUUCCUUAGCCGGCAAUCCCAUCUUCGUGAUAGCAUUCACCCCUCCUAAAGCAUCUCUCUAGUUAUUUGGGGGACACUCA